AGCCUAGCCCUCCAAUCUCCCAAAAUCCUCUUAGUCCCAUACGAGCCCCACCAUGUACUGACCUACCACGCCUGGAUGGAAGACGAGGUACCCCCAGUCUUCUCUCUCUCGAACCCCACCAUAAAAUAGACUGAACAUUGCCCUUAACCCGUCAAACUUCAGGACCUCCGCACAGCAACCGCCUCCGACCGCCUAACACUUCCGGAGGAACAUGCAAUGCAGGAGUCCUGGCGCGAGGACGGGGGUAAACUCACGUUUAUAGCUUGUCUUCCUCCCACCACCGACACAUCAAAAACGGUCAGGGCGCGAAGGGACGACCUGCCGGAAUGUAUGCUUGGCGACGUUAACCUUUUCCUGUACCCUUCGCCCGAACACGAUGGAGUCGAGGGGAAGGUGGUGGCGGAGGUGGAGGUCAUGAUUGCACGAAGGGAGUUUCGUGGGAUGGGGUUGGGGAGGGAAGUUGUUGGGUUGUUUUUGUGGUACGUUGGGAUGCACAGAGACGAGGUCGUGGGGCAGGGAGGGGGAGGCAGGGGAGGUGGAGGUGGAAGGAGGGUGUUAAUGGGGUUUAGGGUUAAGAUUGCUGAAGGGAAUAGUGGGAGUAUUAAGCUUUUUGAGGGGUUGGGGUUUGAGAGGGUCGGUGAGGUUAAUUAUUUUGGGGAGGUGGAGUUGGUUCGGGGGGUUGAUUGGGGAGGUAUGGGGGGUGAGAGAGGGGAGAGGGGGUGGAGGGUUUUGGAG